AUGGCGCCGCCGCCAGCGGCGAGAAACAACCCGCAGAGUCAACCACUCACAACUUUGUUGAGGUUGAUCUGCGAGUCGUACCCUCCGAACACUUGUCUCCGAGAACUACUUCAAAAUGCCGACGAUGCCGGAGCUACCGAGAUUGAGUAUAUCCUUGAUACGAAUACCUACGUUGGGGAACCUUUAUUGCAUGAAGCGCUAGCAGAAUACCAGGGACCGGCUUUACUGGCGAGAAACAACAGCGUCUUUACUGACGAAGAUCUCGCAAGUCUAAGUGCAGUUGGCGACUCUAGGAAGCGCCACGAUGCGGAGUCUACUGGCAAAUUUGGACAGGGGUUCAACUCGGUUUACCACUUCACGGAUGGCCCAUGGGUCUACUCACGUAGCUUGCUGCUCAUGCUUGACCCCCACAAGACAUGGUCAAGGAGCUUCAGUCCUGAUGAUCCCGGAGGACCCAUGUGGGAUGUGGUCAAAGGUCGCGAUUGCGCCGAGAUUCAAAACCAUCUCAAUACUUUGGGGGCAUUUGACCUUGAUUACACGCGCUCAAAUGACGAGACAAUCAUCCGGAUUCCGUUGCGUACCCAAGAACAGGCGAGAACCAGCAGAAUCUUCCAACAGAAGAUUAGCAUCCAGAACAUUGAAGACGCUCUCAGAGAUUUUGGCCAAGAGAUCCAAGAGGGCGGCUUGUUGUUUCUCAAGCAUGUCCGCAAGAUCAUCAUCAGAUUGAACCACGAUGUUGUGCUGUUGGCCCAGAUCCUUGAUGACGAUCACAACAGCUCAAGCAUGAGGAUGGCGAUACCUACAGACUUCAAAACACGAUACGCGCCAAACACGUCCCAGGCCACUCACGAUCUGUCGAAGACUUUUGAGAUGAGGAUUGAAAUAUCCACAAAGCAAUAUCCGAAUCCAAGACUCUUUCGAUAUGUUGUCCAACAUACGAUGAUGACAUCUUCUGGCGACAAGAAGUUGGACAUCUGGGCUCGUGAGCGCAAGCUGUAUCCCUGGGUGGCCAUAGCAGCACCGCUGAAUGAUAAUUCUGCUGGUGACCCUUUCUAUGGGCGGCUUUUCUCUACCCUGAGAUUACCUGUCAGGACAAAUCAGCCUAUUCACAUACAUGGCCUGUUCUCAAUUACCCCAGAUCGUGGUAGGCUGUCAUCUUCUGGACAGUCGCCUGGCUAUGAGGAUCUGGCAACGAAAUGGAACAGUUUCAUGUUCGGGAAAUGCGUUUCGAUCGCUUGGGCAAGCCUUCUUGCUCACCGUAGCCCUCUCUCAUGGCGCGAAGAGAUGUUUGCUCUAUGGCCCAGACCCGAAUUCACUCACUCCGAGCUGUGGGACAAUCUAGAUGACAGUGUCAUUGAUAUAGUGAUAAAGUCCAACCUGGUCGUGUGGAACGCCUCGAAUGGUUGUUGUGUGGAUGUCGACCAUGGCUUCUUCGCCCCUAAAGAUGCAGAAGCCAAAGGAUACGGCCGAGCCCUUGCAGCGGCUCUCCUGCCAGCGGUGUAUCUCGAAGGCUCUUUGCUAAAGAAACUCCAACAGCGGAUGAAGCUUCUACAGCGAAAUGUCAGAAUGUUGACGCCUGUGACAGUCCGCCAAUUCUUUCGUCAGCACGGACUUCCAGCAUUAUCAUCGGAGAUACAGACCAUUAUUCUUGAAUUCUGUCUUCUUGAUGCGAUCACGAGCCCGCUGGAACAUAAUGAGAGAGAAAACUUGUACAACGAUCUCCAUGGGAUCCAGAUCUGGCCGACUGUUAAUGGCAGUUUGUCGUGUUCUAACAAUGUUGACCUGAUGCUUCCACGGGAUGACCCAGAAAUGCAACUAUUUUCUAAGUCGAGAGCUACAGCAACGUUGGACAUUUCCAUGAUGAGUCCUGUUGUCAGGAAGUUGCUACUGAAUGACAUCAACAACCUCACUGUGGUGAUGAGGUUUCGCGGCCUAGGGGACUUGGCCACAGACUGGCCAGUGAUGUACCUCAUGAUGCCUCGCCCCGAAAACUCCAGAGGCUGGGCAAAACGAGCUUUCGGUAUCGACAAUGUUCUUCAUGACAUAUGGGCCUGGAUUGCCGAACGAGUCCAAGAAGGGCAGCGGAUGGUCCUCGAGCUUUCGCGCGACCUGUGGCUUGUUCCAAUGAACGACUUCCGAAUCCGACAGUUCGCUCCCAAAGCUCUCAAGAUUCCGUUGCUUAUAAUCGAGAAGCAGGACCCCUUGUUCAAUCUCCUGGUCGCCAUCACGAAACAGGAUUCAUUAGAAAUGCCACCGUUGCUAGAUACCGACAUCUUGCCAAAGGAAGCAAGAGAUCUUCUGCGCAACAAAGAGCCCAUGAAGACGGAUACCCGGUGUACCCGCGUAGAUGACCCAGAAGCCUUCGUCGACUGGCUGGUUGCCUGCAAAGAGAUGCUAGCAAAGGCUUCGGACGAGGAGAAGGCCAUGCUUCUGAGCCAUCUCGAGACCCUGACACGUAAUUUCAAUUUCCCAGCAGGUCUUUCACCCACGCUUAUGAGCCAAAUGCGGAAGUUACCUCUUUACAGCAAGAUCUGUUCCUCUUCGCCCUUCGAAAAGCGUAGCCAUACGAAGCACGGUCUCGAUGCAGGCGGCCAUAUGUAUUGGACCCCCAAGUCCCCUCCGGAUUUUCCGCCGCUGCCGGACAUUGUCAGAGUGUCAUUCUACGAUCCACAAAACGAAAUUGAAAGGCUGAUGAUGGGACGGCUCAGAGCGCUCCAGGACGUAGCACUCAAAGAUUUGUUAACCCUUCAUCUCCUGCCUUGGAUGGAAUCUAUCUCAUCAGAUGCAGAGCCGCUAUGGAAGAUCCCUAAAGCAAACCUGGUUGACUGGAUCAUGAAAGGCUCGCGGCGACCAAACAAAGCGUGGGUAAAAGACAUCAUCAGCCAUCCCAUCAUACCACUUCCUCCUAAGGAUGGAAAGACAGAGUAUCGCUGCCUGACGGGAAUGGUGGAUCCAAGCUCUGAACUAGCAAAGCUCUACGAUGGGGAGGAGAACGUCUUCCCCUGUCCAGACUUCUUCUCACGCCACAAAGAAGCUCUAAUAGCCUGCGGCAUCGCUACACAGCCUACCUGGUCCACACCAGCAGAGCGUGUAAGAUACUUUUCACAGUGUGGAGUGAACAUUGAAACACUUCAGCAUAAGGUCGAUUGCCUGCUGAAGCUACCAAUUGAGAAAAUGUUGAGUAGCUCGGCAGUUGAAGUUGCAGACAUCAGGAAACUGGAGUGGCUUCCUGGGGUAUCUCUCAAUGGUGAAUCUACGCUGCUUGCUCCCAAUGAGUGCCGUGGAGCGGAUCAAAGUUAUUUGGUUGACUUGGUCUGGGGAACAACGCACAUAACUGUCAAAGCAAGUUGGAAGAAAGUUUUGGGUUGGGAUCAAAGCAUCCCAGCAACAAUGCUUCUGCGACAAUUGGACCUCUGCCUGGCAAUGGAAGACUAUGACAAAGCUAAUAAAGUUCUCCGCCAGAUAGAGCCGGGUGAAUACUCGGUUUUGGCAAUGAAGCCAUGCUUUCUCGGUCGCUCAGGAGAGUACUUUACAUCAGAUAAGGUGUUCUUACCAGGAAGUCAGUUGCGAUCGCGGUCCCUGGCCCCUUAUCUCGAUGAACUGGAUGCCAAAUUUGCGAAAGAUCAUGACAGAUUAGUAAUUGGACUGGAUAUUCGGUCACAACCGUCGGCACAGGAUCUUCAAAGCGUUCAAAAUUCUCUCAAUAAGACCACUGAGGGUCAUUUAAGCAACUCUGAUCUCGGUAUAGCGAUUGCCACUCUGGAGAUCGCCACGCGUCUAGGAUACGAUCCUCAGGAUCUUCGGAUACCAGAUGCGACCAUGAUUCUAAGGGAACUCAAAGACAUUGUACAUGGAGAUCCAUUGAGUACUGGCGAUAUCGCUGAUUUCAACUUCACGCAUCCUGAAGUUUCUAACGAUCUGGCGCGCCGGCUUGAUGUUGAGAAUUCUUUAAAGAGAGCAAUUAGGCUCAAGAUCGAUUUUGACAGCGAAGACGAGAACGACUAUACUCCAAAAGAGAAGCUCAGCACAGUGAUUUCCGAUACACUAGAGCGAUAUCCAGUUGAAUCGACGUUCAAUGAGUUCCUGGCAAACGCCGACGAUGCUGGAGCAACCAAGAUUACCUGGAUACUGGAUGAGUGCCGCGAAAAGCCCUAUGGAUCUUCGUCUCUUUUGACCAGCGAGCUGAAGCCUUUCCAAGGAGCAGCGCUAUUAGUAAGCAACGAUGCUGUCUUCUCCAAGAAGGACUUUGCUGGGUUCAAAGACAUUGGACAAGGUGGCAAAAAAGACGACAUCCAUUCAACGGGAAUGUUCGGGCGAGGAGCACUAAGCAUGUAUCACUUCACGGACGUGCCGAUGCUGCUUUCCAGUGACUCCUUUCUGGUCCUUGACCCGCAGCAAAAGGUCCUUCCUAUAAACUACAACAGACGCCGCGAACGCAAGGUGGGAACAAAGAUCUCUCUUUCGGCUGUGAACCGUCUAGCGCCGGAUCAGUUGGCCCCAUUCUCGGGCUUGUACAACUUCGCUCCGAACUUGAAUCACUACGAGGGUACGAUUUUCCGCUUUCCUCUCCGUGCAGUCGGGGCAAAGACCCUCUUGAAAGACCAUGUCCAGCAUGUAGACGCUGUCGCAGUACGAUCGCUUCUCAGAGAUUACUUGGCUGUUGCCCGUACGGCGUUGCUGUUUCUCCGCAAUGUUGAGUCGGUCGAAUUCCGCACUCGGGACCAGAAGGAUCCACAGUGGUCUGUCAUCGCCCGUCGUUCACCAUGCCAAGACAGUGAUACCUGCCAAGACGUUGAAAUUACAAGCAUCCAAGGAGGCAGACUCCAGCAGGUAGACAAUUGGUGUGUCGGCCGCAGAAACAUAACUCAGAUUCCGGCAGAUAUCACGAGAGUUGGAAGAGGUUCCGAGAAAUCCGCGGAAUGUGGCAUUGCAGCUUGUCUGAAGAGUGUGAGGACUGUUAUUCCUAAUGUUGGAGAAGGUGUUAUCAUGAGCGGGCAGUCUUCGGAUGUCGAGUCUGGCACGAUCCAAACUGUCGACCAUAAAGUCUUCUGUAGACUCCCUACAGGUCAGGCAUCGUCGCUUCCUGUAUCGUUCCAUGCCAGCUUCGCGGUUACUGGAGAUCGCAGAAGUAUCGCCUUAGAAGAUACUGCGGAGAAUUCUGCGUGGAACAAAUGGCUCCUGACGACAGCUGUGACCAGUCUCUACGUGGAAACUCUACAAUACUUGGCACCAAGAAUGUGUGAGAAAGUUUUUGAUUUAUGGCCAUCAAUGACGACCUACCAUUCAUCGCCUUCCCUCUCGGAAACUUUGUGCAGAGCUUUCUGGAACAGCCUGUUGAGUCGGGGCCGGAAGCUUGACUCUCUAUUUCCAAUCAAUGCACAAGACUAUACAUCAGACCAUCAAGAUGGCCUGCUUGUGGGCAAUGAGGUGUCAAAAAAGGCAGUCUCUCUGGCAGAAGCAAGAUUUGAUUUCCUUCCUGAUGACGUCUCCCAAGCUCUUCGACCGCUCCUUGUCAAAUUAUGUCCGACUCUCGUUCGCCUCCCCCGAAAAUUGUGGCCCGACUAUAAGCGAGCAGCUGCUGAAGCGGCUUGGUUAUCGAAGGAGUUGCACGCAGAUUACCUUUGUCAGGUUUUCAGGAAUGAUGACAACUGCAAAAUACUAGAGGAAUUUAUUCGCGGGCUUGGCCACGAGGAGAGAAAACGCGCAGCGAUGGCAAUGCUACUCAAGACGAUGGUACCCCAGACUGACGGGACUGACACGACUCCAAUGAGUAUUCUCGGCGGAUGCAGAGUGCUGCCUCGGCCAAACCUUGACGCACCAUUAGGGCUCCUCCUCUGGAACGCUCCGCCAGGCUCAAAUUGUAAUUACGUUGCGACAACCGAAGAGCAAGACCUCUUUGGAUUCGCUUCGGACUCCAUGAUUAACAGAGAGUUGUCCCAGGAUGCGAGUGACUUGGUCGGCAUGUUAUUGAAAGCCUCUUUCAAUGUCCGGAAACUGGACUUCUCUGACUUGGGAGACCUUUUAGCACGACCACAAUCGCCCACAAAUCCAUCGAUCGCUUUCGAUGACCGCGAUGCGUGGAUGCUUAAGCUUUGGCUAUAUGUCAACACCAAAAUGCGUGUGUUACACGCCGCCAGAUGGUCUUUGGCCUCAUCCUUUGAGGUAUCCUCGGACACAAUGCUGGCUAAGGGUGGCCUUCAGGACCGUAAGAUCUACCGAUUCGGGUCCAACAAACAAUGGUGCUACCUAACGCCGCGCGAGUUCGAGGCUCAGCCUUGCGUCAUUGAACCGCUAGACGACCAGCAACGCAGACUCUGUGAGCAGAUUCCAGGUCUCCAAAUUAUCGACCGAAAGUGCGUACCUUUUCUCCUUUUAGAGACAGAAGGUGAUCUCAAGCGCACUGCCUCUUUCGUACGUCUACUACAAGCUUUUGAGAAAUUGGAAAGAACGACUAAAACGCCAACAAAGAUGUUCGUGGGGAAGAGCCUAAACUUUGAUUCGAAAGAAAUCCUACAAGCCUUAUUGCUCUACCACGUGAACAUAGGGGGUCCUUCCAAUGUUACACUUCUCCGCAGCCUUCCCGUCUGGCGUCGGCUGAGGUCGUCAGACUCAGGGGUGUCGGUUCAGCAUAUUGCUGCUGAAGACGCCAACUUCUGUGGCCAUACAGAGUUGCUGUUGCCAUGGGUGAACAAUCUUGCAAGCUUUGUCAGCCCAAAGCUGGUGAAUUCGAACAGACAGGCGCUCUCGAAACUGCACAUUGUGUCGUUGACAGCCCAACAAACAUGGGAUCUGAUCAAGGCAGAUCUCCCUACAAAUGUCAAGGUCAAAGCUUCUAGAGAACGGUAUCUUGAGAUGAUACAACACCUCGCGGCCCAUGGUGUGAGACCCUCUGGGAAAGUGGCGCCCGACGGGGCUUCCGUCCUAUGCGAAGUUUACAGCCUCUAUGAUCACCAGGAUGGAAUCUUCAAGGCAGCUUUUCGAGACCAAGAAAACAUUCGGUUCCUACAUGUAGACUUCCGCGCCGCCUCGCUCAACACUUUCUGGCUAUCCGGUGGCUUACGAGCACGGCCACCUACCGGCGCAAUGAUCCCAGAGCACUUCCUGGAAUGUGCCCUAGCCAUCAAUCGACGGUGGGACCCCGCUAAUACGACUCAGAUGUUUGAAGAGGAUGCUCGUACAGUGUCAGAGUAUCUGCAGUUCGAUCGACAGGAAUUCCGCAGUUGGUCCAACUGGGCUCAGAUUUCGAGAACUCAGAUGUUCCGUGUGCGGGAUGUCUCCCCAAACGAGAGCAGCUAUCGGCGGACUCGCAUGCAACGUGAGAAAACUCAUUGUGCUCUGGAAGAGGCAGGCGACCUUGGCCAUGUCCGCAUUGCCUGGAGUCAAACCAACUUCUUGCAAAAUCCCCCUUGCUCGUACGUUUAUCAAAGACUUCCACGAGGCGGAAUCCCACCUGCCGCGAAAGUAUACGAGCAUCUCCUCAUCUUGAUGGCCAUCAUCGAGGAAGUCACACAGUAUGACCUUUCGGAAUACCUUCGUGAUGUCCAGGCGUGUUAUGAGCAUCUUCAAAACGAACUCGAGGUUACGAAGCUUAUACCUGGUAUUCACCUGGCCCGUGUUUGGCUCAAUCUGGACGCUACACAGGUCGAGCUUGUACCCAAAGACAGCCUGCAGUGUCCAACAUCCGCAAAGUUGCUUUGCUUGAAUUGUCCCGUCGAUCCACUACCCGUGAAAACGGCCAAGAAAUUUCUCGUUCCAUAUGAAAAGCUUUUGAUGGGCUUGGGCUGUAAAACAGUAAAACAACCAACCCCAGCGGCCCCUGGACCAUCAGCGGAUACUAGAGAGCUUUCUUUGGCCGCAGCAAUGGCUGAAAUGCGUAGCCUACGGGAUCAACGCCAGCUGACUGACGUUGUCCUUGAAGCCGAAGGUAUCCAAUAUCCGGCCCACAAGAUUAUCCUAGCAGCAGUUUCCAAAUACUGCAAAGUGCAGUUCGCCGGCGAAUGGGGCCGCCUUUUGCAGCACCAAGCGAUCGUCCACCUCGAAGAGCUUCGGGCCACCACGUUGUCUCAAAUGAUCGAUUUUGCGUAUACCGGAGAAUUCGAAUGGCCACAACUGCAGGACCCUGAAAACAACACCGAGAUUGCAGACAGGUUGGAUGAGCUACUGGACCUACUUGACGGUACGAACAUGUGGAUGCUCGACCGCCUUCACAGCAUGGCCCAAGACUUCUUGAUCUCGCGAAGCUGGUCAGCCACCUAUAUCAGGGUCGACAACGUGAAUGGAAUCAAGGAGCGCGCCCAGGGUGCCAGGGCGGAUCGUUUGCUCAAGCAUUGCGAGGACUUCGGAUUAGCCAACUCGGAUUUCGUGGAGGCUUUGAAGAACGAUGGCUCGGAGAGUGGCGGUGGCAUGGAAUUGGAUUGA